ACAAUAACGCAAUAGUUGCUCCAUAGGUGUGUUCGUGCUGCGAAUCGUCUGCAGCCAAUCACAUGCCACGAAGGGUUUCCGUCGGCCGAGAGCCUGCUUUCAUCACUUUAGACGCCGGGAGCAAUGAGGAGAAGCAGGGCGAUUCCGAAGAUAUAUAGUGCUUGGGCUCAUGGAAUCUUGUGCUCUUGUGCUCUUAAAAUGCCGGAAAGUGUCUCUCCUGCUCAUAUGGCGAUUGUAUGUAUAGUAUCAUCAUCAGCAGCAGCAACAACAACAACAAGGUUUGGGCCUACUGGCCCGUUCCGCUCUCAAGAGUCUCUUUUCAUCUUCUUUGGGUCUGCCCCUGGGUCGUUUCCCCUUUGGUUUGUAUUCGAGGAUAGUCUUGGGUAG